CCGAAAAGGAACAAUUUUUGUCACCUUUUCCAAACCAGAACCGCCCUUUCUUCACCUCGUCCUCUCGACCCUCCCACUCUUUCGAUCUUCCUUCUACGGACGAGAGAGCCUGCACGCUGCACAACCACAAUGGCGUACCAACGCGCCCUCCUCCGCCCGCUGCUCCGCGCGACGUCACGCCAGUCCCUCAUACAGACCGCAAGCGUCACCACGACAUCCCGCCAAAACGCCGCUGCGGCCGCCACCUCGACGCAGCGCGCGACGCCGGCCAAGUCCAGCACGAGCUCCAGCUACGUCAGGCGGUCCCCGGCCUCGAGCACCUCCCGCCCCGCCGCCCCGAAAGCUGCACCCUCGAAACCGGCCCCGGCGCCGACGCCAGUGGCCCCUGCCUCCUCCUCUGCCGACGCGGACCCCCUCCCCGACGCGCCGGCGGCUUCCUACCCCGCGGGCUCUACGACCCCUUUUGCCUCUUCUGGCGGGCCUCCCUAUCAACCGCAUCAGCAGCAGCAGCAGCCGCAGCCGGGGCAGAUAAUCGACUGGUCGACAUCAUACUACGGCCUGGGCACCCAGAGCUUCUCCAAGGAGGUCGUCGACAUCCUCCUGCAGCCUGUGAACCCUGCCGACGUCGAGGUCAAAGCCGAUGGCAUCAUCUACCUGCCCGAGAUCAAGUACAGGCGCAUCCUCAAUGCUGCCUUCGGUCCCGGUGGCUGGGGCCUGGUGCCCAAGGGCGAGGUGAUCGUAGGUGACAAGGUCGUGACGAGGGAGUACGCCCUCGUCGCGGAAGGAAGAUUCAUCUCCCAAGCGCAGGGCGAGAACAGCUACUUCGCGCUCGACAGCCUCCCCUCGGCCGUCGAGGGUUGCAAGUCCAACGCGCUGAUGCGGUGCUGCAAGGACCUCGGCAUCGCCUCGGACCUAUGGGACCCCGUCUUCAUCCGCCAGUUCAAGAAGGACUACGCCGAAGAGGUGUGGGCCGAGCACGUCGUGAGCAAGAAGAAGAAGCUCAUCUGGACGCGCAAGGACGUGCCAGUGACGUACCCCUACAGGCGGACAAACUGAGCCUGGCCGAGGCGAUGGGGCGGCGCGGCAUGUAGAUCUGGGGCCCUCAGCAUGACGAACGAGGGUUGUAUAAAAAUUUGGGGGGGACGACCAUGUAGAAUUUGGAGAGUGGGCAUCUCAACUGUAAAAAUAGACACGUAUAAACACCACCAUGGCCAUUUGCCAGUAGAGGCAAGGGCCGUGGACGAAGAGUUUCUCUUAUAGACGCAUGGGAGACACACAUUUCUAUAGCGACUAAUCGCCACCCUAUGCGCAAUCACGUUGAGUCGGCCUCAUUGGCGGACGUUGAAACGGGACAUCGGCUAUUGAAAGCGACUAUCCCAAGUCUAUUCAGCCCCUGAACAUGGGAAUCUAACCGGGG